AUGAAUGGAGUGAUGCAACUGUUAUCGCCUGAGAAGGUAAAGGCAUUAUUUCGAUGUCGUAAGAAAAGAUAUAUUAAACGUGAUCGAGAGGAAGUAGCCCAACGGCUAUUCCAAGAUUAUUUUGCUGAAAAUCCCAUUUUUUCACCCAAGAUGUUUCGUAGACGAUUUCAGAUGCGCCGAGAGUUGUUUAUUCGCAUUUUAAACGGUGUUACAACAUAUGACGAAUGGUUCAUCCAGAAGCCUGAUGCCCUCGGUUGUAUGGGUUUCACUCCUAUGCAGAAGAUGACAGCUGCAAUACGUAUACUCGCAUAUGGAAUUUCAGCAGAUCUUUGUGAUGAGUACAUAAAGAUUUCUGAAACCACUGCGGUUGAAAGCUUGGAGCGCUUUUAUGAUGCUGUAAUUGCGGUGUAUAUAGAGCAGUACCAAUGCACACCAGACGAAGAGGAUAUUGCACGCCUGCUUCGAGAAGGGGAAGAAAGAGGCUUCUCAGGGUGGCAUGGCACACACAGGGGAAGAAAUCAUAAGCCUACCCUUAUAUUGGAGGCGGUUGCAUCGAAAGAUCUGUGGAUCUGGCAUACUUUCUUUGGUAUGGUUGGUUCAAACAAUGACGUGAAUAUUUUAGAUCAUUCCCCAGUAUUCAAUAGCUUAAUCAAUGGCACAAUGCCUCCGAUUAAUUACGAGGUAAAUGGGUAUCGACGUACAAUGGGGUAUUACCUAUCUGAUGGUAUUUGUCCCAAGUGGGCAACUUUGAUUCAGACCAUCCCACACCUAAUAACUGGCAAAGAGAAUUUGUUUGCUAAAAAACAAGAAGCCGUUAAGAAAGAUGUUGAACGAGCGUUUGGCGUGUUGCAGAUCAGGUAG